UUUCGCCUUUGGGCGUUAUGGAUAAAACAUGUGCAACUUUCAAUUUUAAAUAUAAUUGUUUCAUUGUCGUCCUCAGAGAUUGUUCGAAAUGAAGGACAAAAUCCAAUACCAAUAUUACAAGUUGAAAAAUUGGUUGGGAAGCCUAUUACAUUCUAUAAYGUUGAUCUCUUGGAUUAUGAUUCACUCUCUAAAGUAUUUGAUAAGCAUAAUUUCUGUUGUGUUAUUCACUUUGCUGGAUUAAAAGCUGUAGGUGAAUCAUGUAUCAUUCCUUUGACUUAUUAUCGAGUCAAUGUCUCAGGAUCAAUCAAUUUAUUUCAAGUUAUGAAAGAACACAAUGUAAAGAAGCUUGUAUUUUCCUCCUCAUCUACAGUUUAUGGUGAACCACAAUUUUUACCGAUAACUGAAUCGCACCCGGUUGGUCAAAAUUUACUCAAUGGAUAUGCUAAAUCAAAAUAUUAUAUUGAAGGAAUAAUACAAGACUUAUGCAAUUCUGAUAAAGAGUGGUUUGUGAUUAUUUUGCGUUAUUUCAAUCCAGUGGGGGCUCACCCUUCUGGAACUUUGGGAGAAGAUCCUACUGGAGUUCCCAACAAUUUAAUGCCAUAUGUUGCGCAAGUAGCUGUUGGAAAACGACCAUGUAUAAAUGUUUUCGGUAAUGAUUAUAAUACUAUCGAUGGAACAGGAGUAAGAGACUAUCUUCACAUUAUGGACCUGGCCGAAGGUCAUGUUAGUGCAUUACAUAAGUUACAAAAUGCUAAUGAAAAUGGAGCUAYAGCCAUCAAUUUAGGUACARGAAAUGGAUAUUCAGUGAUACAAGUAAUUGAUAUGUUUAGUCAAGUUAGUGGACAAAAAAUAAAAUAUGAUAUUGUUGACCGUCGAUCGGGUGAUUGUGCUUCUUCUUAUUGUGAUGCAUCAUUUGCAAAAUCAUAUCUUGGAUGGGAAGCUAAGAGAACUUUGAAAGAAAUGUGUGAGGAUACGUGGAAAUGGCAAUCKUCAUAUCCUCAAGGUUUUUCGACUAAGAAAUAAUCACAAUAUGCUUAUUAUGAAAUUGCAAACAAAUUUUUGUCGUUGUUGUUUAUUUAUAGUUAUUAUUUCUUAUAAAAUGUUUUUGGAAAUUUUUAAAUUCUGUUAAUU